AUGGCGCCCGCGCAGCGCCCGCUGCUGCCGCUGCUGCUGCUGCUGCUGCCGCUGCCGCCGCCGCCGCCGCCGCCCUUCGCGCGCGCCGAGGACGCCGCCCGCGCCAACUCGGACCGCUACGCCGUCUACUGGAACCGCAGCAACCCCAGGUUCCACGCGGGCGGGCCGGGUGGCGGCUACACCGUGGAGGUGAGCAUCAACGACUACUUGGACAUCUACUGCCCGCACUACGGUGCGCCGCUGCCGCCGGCCGAGCGCAUGGAGCGCUACGUGCUGUACAUGGUCAGCGGCGAGGGCCACGCGUCCUGCGACCACCGCCAGCGGGGCUUCAAGCGCUGGGAGUGCAACCGGCCGGCCGCGCCCGGGGGCCCGCUCAAGUUCUCGGAGAAGUUCCAACUCUUCACGCCCUUCUCGCUGGGCUUCGAGUUCCGGCCGGGCCACGAGUACUACUACAUCUCUGCUACGCCUCCCAAUGCUGUGGACAGGCCCUGCCUGCGACUGAAGGUUUAUGUACGGCCGACUAACGAGACCCUGUACGAAGCUCCCGAGCCGAUCUUCACCAGCAAUAACUCGUGCAGCGGCUUGGGCAGCUGCCACGUCUUCCUCAGCACCGUCCCGGUGCUGUGGACGCUCCUGGGCUCCUAGUCCUGGUCCUGCAGGAUGCCAGCCCACCUGGACGGCCCCAGCUGGACUGUCCAACCUCGGCCCUCUGGACCUGGCGCGGCCCCCGCCUCUGAGACCAAAUAGAGACGCUGCUUCUCCCUCAACUGGUGCUGCCCCAGCGGGCAGGGAGCUGCCCACCCACUCCAGGCCCAGGCCCCAGGUAGGGGGACCAGCCAAUGGCCCCCCACCCCAUACCUGAGGGGCCGGGGUGUCGGCACAGCCCCUGGCCAAGCCAUCUCCUCCGGGGGCACCGGAGAACCUCUUGGCAAUUUUUUUUUAGUGUAUUUUUCAUGGUUGGAUCAGAAAGACUUGAGUUUUUAAUUUAAUUUAUCCCCUGCUGUCGCAGGGGGCAGGGGGUCCCUGGCCACCUGGGGAAGGGAAUCCAGGGACACAGUUGCUCCUCUCUGCUCUGCACUCCACUUGUUGAGUUCUGGCUGGAGCCCCCCCAGGGACUCCAUUGGUGCCCCAGGAUGGGCGAAUCUGAGCCGGAAGGGUGAGCAGUGGGUACUGCCAAGUGUGGCCCAGGAGACCCCAGACCCUUUAGCCCCAUCCCCCUUGCUCCUGGCGUGUUGAGCCUCAUACUUCCCUUGGAAUCACAGCCCCUCACUUCUUAGGAACCACUUUGGCCAAUGCAAACAACCCCCCCCCCGCCCUGUCCCUUCAACCUCGCACGGUCCUCUCCGAGCCCAAGAAGACAUUAGGUUUCUGUAAAUAGAGCCAGCAAGUAUAUACUGUGAUUUAUUUUUAAUGUAUUUCUGAGGAUGGACUGGACAGUUUCUUCCCUUUUUUUCUCAGCCCUUCACAAGGGUCUUUUAUUUUGGCGGGGGUGGGGUGGGGUGGGGUGGACUUUCUAGUGUAGAAGCUGCACUUCGCAAUAAGCGCAAUAAGCUGUCUCGUCCGUGACGCCCCGUCCCUUGACUUGGUGACCUGAUAAUGUUUCUAAGAAAAAAAAAAGGACAGAACAAAAGAUGGAGGAUACCAUGACCCCCCAAAAAAGAAACCCCUUCCUGAAGACACUUUAAUGAAGGAAACAGCGCAUUUAUACAGAUUUCAUAUUUCUACCCGCCUUUCCUGACUCUGUGUUUUAUAUAUAUUAUAUAUAAAUAUAUAUUGUGUACAGCCGCAGGGAGGCGGCGCAAGGCGCGCCCAGUGGCGUGGGGCGGGUGGGGGGCUUUUGUAGGCGGUCGGCGGGGCGGGCGGCGUUACUAUGCCUGGAGCUGGUGACGGGGCCUCCCCCACUCCUGUCACAAUCGACUUUGGAUCCUGUAUUUUUUUAUAAUAAAAUGAGCAUAAACCU